CAUUAGAAGAAAAUACAGAAAUUGCUGCAGAAAAUGUACAGGAAACGAACAGUCCAGAAGUUUGUACUCAAUCCAAACUUGCUUUUGAUGACAGCCUUGUGUUAGGGGUUUACAUCCAUCGAACUGAUAGACUUAAAACUGAUCUCAUGGUUUCGCAUCCCAUGGUCAAGAUUCAUGUGAUUGAUCAGAAAACUGGUUUGUAUGUCAAGAAAGAGCAUAGCAGCCGGGCGGUUUCAUCUUUUUAUGAACAAGAGCGAGUGGAGCACAUUCUUCCUAUUAUGACCCAGCCUUACGAUUUCCGACAAUUUAAAUCAACACUUCCAGAAUGGGAGGAACAAAUCAUAUUUAAUGAACGUUUUAGUUAUUUCCUUCAAGAUGCUGAAGAAAGCCCCAAAGUAGUCCUGUUUUUUGAG